ACUAAACUGCACUUUGCCUGAUGAAGCGGAGCGGCCGAAAAAAUGCAAGCAGGAAUGUUAAAGAGCAAAGAUUGCAAUCGGGUGCAUUCGGCAAUGCGGAAAUAGAUGGACGUUACAUGCCACUAAGCUUGCUUCCCAUUCCCAGGCCGAAAAUUGGCAGCGGUCAGACCUUUGACAGGGAUUGCAUCUAAGUGGCACAAUCUUCUUUUUUCAUCUUAUUUGGCUUUUGUUUCUCUCGUACUUUUAUGAAAAUAGGAAUUUGGGCAUUAGUUGGCUGGAAGACGCGUCGAGGACAGCGUUCUGGAUCUGAAGGAUUUUUUUUGUGAAGUUGUUUUGUGGAUUUUGUCUUAUUUCUGUCAAGCAUCAUAAUGGACGUUUUGGCAAAUUACAGUAUUUUUCAAGAACUGCAACUUGUGCACGACACUGGCUACUUCUCUGCCUUGCCUUCCCUAGAAGAGAACUGGCAGCAGACAUGUCUGGAGUUGGAGCGCUACCUACAAACAGAACCCAAAAGGUUUGCCGACCCGUUCGAUGAAGACCUGGAUUGCCUCCUGAUGCCAUCUUUCAUUAAAGGUGAAAUCGAUGACCACAAGGACCCUAUGUUGCCCAGUCUGGACAGCAGCCUCCUGGAAAGGCCGAGCCCCAGAGAACUGCUCAUCUCCCAGGACAAGCUCCUGUCAGACGCCCCUCUGGGCAUCCAGACUGCCGAUUCCACCACCACUACCACCACCAAAGAGGCCUACACCACCAUGAGUGUGGGCGUAGGGGUGAACCCGGCCCAGCUGAGCGCUGUCACAUCACUGACGCCCCCCUCUUCGCCCGAACUGGGCAGGCACCUUAUCAAACCGUCACAGACUUUCACCGCCACCGCCGAUGGAACGGUCACCCUGAAGCUGGUGGCUAAAAAAGUGGGGCUGAGCUCGGCCAAAGUGGUCACCGCCACUCCCUCGCCGUCUCCAACAAAGGGGACACAGAGCGACGGGGAGCAGGGGAGUCUUGUCGGCGCAGCGGCAGAGACGACAGCCGAAAACAAGAAGCGGGUCCACCGUUGCCAGUUCAACGGCUGUCGAAAGGUUUACACAAAGAGCUCCCAUCUGAAAGCACACCAGAGGACGCAUACAGGUGAGAAGCCUUACAAAUGCUCAUGGGAAGGCUGUGACUGGCGCUUUGCACGGAGUGACGAGUUGACGCGGCACUACCGGAAACACACCGGAGCGAAGCCUUUCAAAUGUAACCACUGCGACAGGUGUUUCUCACGGUCGGACCACCUCGCCCUUCACAUGAAGAGACACAUCUGAGGCAGGGGUCCCGGGUGGAGAGAGGGUGUGGCGGACAGCUCUGCGUGGACCUGGGUGGAAUUCCAGGAAAGCCCAUUGAAGAGCACAGAAUACAAUCAGAAUGUCCUGCCUUGACAGUGCAGAUGGCAAGGAGAGAAAGGGGGAAACCGACAAAUCUAUAUAAAUAUCUACAAAUUAAUGUACAAAAAAAAAAAAAUGAGAAGAAGAGAGAAGAGCGAGCAAAGCAAGCGCACAAUCCUUACGCAGUCCAUCGUCUCCUAGCUCUAACACCAGGCGGGUGGUGAUGCCUUACUGUACCGAACUCUUGGGGGUGGGGGGGGGGAGAGGGAUGCGAACCCGACACUGCCAACCCAGCACGGAGGUGACCCCCGCAGUCACCCGACUUCUCAGCUGUCACAACCAGACCUCCAUGAGAAGGAUUUUUGUAGCUCCGCUUGCUGAAGGACCCGGACUGCCCCGUCGUUUGCAAUUCAUCUUCGGACUGAUAGGAGCUUCUUAAUGUUAAGGCAAAGACAACAACAACAACAAAAUAAACUCUAGCAAGCCAAAACUGUAAAAAUGAAAAAGACAUAAAACAAAAUGAAUACGUGGUGGCCAAAAAUCAGCGUCCGCAUUGCAUCAGACUCUUCAGACAGAGCGGAGGGACGGCAGUGGCACCCUGUGUCAUCUUUUAGUACAGGAGGUGUCCGUACAAGAUGUCCUACUGGGGACCUUAAAGGCACCACGCUUCACAGUGACACCAGUCACCUUCGAGACGCCAUACUACACAGUGACACCUUUUGGUUUUUCUUUUUCCUUUUUUGGAAAAUAUCUUCGACAUUGGCUUCAUUUGUGCGUGUCCGUGUACGUAUGUGCGUGUUUAUACACUAGCAAAUACGGUAGCUGCUAGCAAAGACUGUCGAGAAACAACGAAAAGGCUUUAUGAUGGCUGAAAAGGGAAGGGAAGCCACGUUUCCUAGAACAGUGUAAAAAAAAAAAAACAUAUAACCGUGCGUACCUCUUACGGCUUGACCUUCUCGAUUAGGCCUCAUCUCUCGAAAACUUGAAAUGCUUGUUUCGAACUUUUGGGACCGAACUUCUCUUUCGUUCGAAAACGCGUCCCCCCCCCCCAUCAACCUUCCCACUGUCAGCUGCGAUGCUGGAACGCGUUCUGCUCUUCAUUACUCAGCCUUUCAAUGUUCUGCCGUUAAUGCCUGGACUUUCGGGGAAAAAACAAAAUGAUGAUGGAAUGUUUAAAAAA